UGUUAUGAAGUUUCGUUAUUAAUUUCAUAACUUCAAUAUUCGAUGGUGCAGGUACGAUAAUUUUAAAAGGCCCUGAUAUUAAUUGUAGUAUUGUAUAAAUGCUUCGGUAAUACCAAUACUUCAAUUUCUUCUGUUUGGUGUAACUUAUAUUUUAUGUCAAAAAUGUUGAAGACUAUUGAAUAGCAUCUGUAAAAUUAUUCCGACUAUCAGUCUUCUAAUGCAUCUUCACAAUGGAAAAUCUAAAAGAGGCUUGUGUUAUUUAUUUAGAAAAAUUUUUAAGAUCACCAGUAACUUCUACUGAUGUCAUAUUCUUGGAAAUAUGUACCAGUGUUGGGGAAUUGAUGAAGAAUACAUCUGAGCUAAUGAAAAAAUCAAAUUUUUCUGUCGAAAGCUCUAGCAGCCAAAUCCUAAUAAUAAUCAAUUUCAGUCAAAUGAUAAGCUGCUUAGAUUUCUUAUCCGAUAUAAUGAAGGAAGAACACCAAGUUAAUUUAAUCUUAGAAGAAAACAGGAAAGUCGCCAUCAAUCGCAUAAAAUAUUGUUUGGAUAUUAUUGAAGAUCCAUAUAGAAACGAUUUAGCAAUAACUGAAUUUGGGCUAUUUUUAAGAUGGAUGGAUAAUGCUUUGAAUAGCAUUGCUGAAAUAAAUAAUGAUAAGGAAAAAAUUGAUGUAAUUAGUAAAUUCAAAGAAGCAAAAACUAUUUAUGAAGAUAUUUUAGCUCAUGCAAUGUCUAUAGCUCAAAUAUGUUUAGAUGAAGAUAGUAAAAUUAUUAAUGGAAGUUGUAAAACAGUCUUAGAUAUUCUAGGCGAUUUAGAAAAUGAGCUAAAUAAAGAACAACCAAACAAUAGCAUGGUUUCUCUUUUUAUAGAUGAUACUUCCAACAAAUUAUGUUCAUUAGAGAGAAAAGUGGAUACUGCUGUUUUGAGGUUGAGCCUUUUUGUCUUCUCUAAAUAUUGUUGUCCACUCGGAAAACUGUUCAAUUUUUGCAAACAUGUUUCAAAUGAUACUUAUGACUCGGAAGAACUUGACAAUAUCAUUGCUAAUUUUGAUUUACAUGUGGAUAGAAUUUUUCAAAUAGGAUUAUUUGCUGUAUUUUGCUCAUCAAACAUCAAAAGUGGCACUAAAAUACGAAACUGUAUGGCUAGUUUGGAGUUCUUGGAAACGGAAUUAGUUCCUUCUAUGAAAAUGAUUAUGAAGAAUGGAUCCAUGAUUCAAAGAACGUCAGCACUGAUAUAUAAAAAUUAUUGGAUAUGUGAAGCUAAUAGGCUUAAGAACUUAGUUUAUGAAAUUAUAGAUCCCUUAGCAUUUUCUAAAGUGAUUUACAAUGAAAUUACACUUGAAAUCAAUGAUGUUCUUGAAAGAAAUAAAAGAAAUGAAAAAUUCAGUAAACAUGUAUUUGACAAAAUUUUUGAUAUUGGAAAAGUGCUUGUAGAAUUUUUAUUGACUGUUGUGAGAAUUGAAGCUAUCAGAAACGAACAUUUCAAGAAUGGAAUCAGAAAAUGCAAUUUGAUUACAUCUGAGAUAGGUACAGCAAUUGAUGUUCUUGAGGAUAAUAAUGUUGUGACAAAUGAUAGAAUAUUGAAGAGAUGUAAAAUAUUGCAAGCAGAGGUAGAGAAAUUGUUGUUCCUUUUGAAGAGCAAUGAUGAAGUCAGUAGGACAGAAAUCGAUGAAAGGAUGGAAUCAACUAAGGAGGAAAAUAUGGAUGAGAAUAUGUUAUUUAGUCAUAUAGUUGGCAGAGGAAAGGAAAUAUUGGAAAAUCGAAGUAUUAUGUACAGAACACCUAAAAACUGUAAAAGCAUAAAUGGGGAUUGCGAUGAAGUACAUUCAAGUGAUAUACCUAUGAAAUUUAAUAGUAUUGAAACUAUUAAAAGUACAGUAACAUUUUUUACAAUCUUGUCUUUGGGACAAGAAGAAAAUUCCGGAACAAAUUAACUAGAGGCUUUGCGUGCCUUGUUGGAUGGAAAAACUUUGGUUUUUGUGAAGAUUUGCAGAAAUGUUUUCUGUAGAACACGCAACACUUGCCCUGAGAUAUACCUAGUGAAAAAAGUAUUUUCAUAUACUCGAGCACGGCAAUUUAGAAGAUCCAUGCUGGUUUACCAACAAUUGUGACUAUAUAGAAUCCAUUGAACUUACGAAAUGAAUAUGAAUUCUCGAUUUUUUAAAUGAAUUUAGAAGACUUAAUUGUCUUAAAAAGCAUCUGAAAGGUAAACCCAAUGUAGCAAUAUUAUAGGAGAAAUUACUGAAAUAUAUUUUAUCUGUUUCUUGACCAACUAUUACAAAACUAGAUGUAUGUUCUGGACCACAUGAAGAUACAAUUAGGAUUCAAAGGUUAUUGUUUGAGAACACCAAUAAUGACUCCAGGUUAAAACAAAGCCUGAAGAAAUUAGCUAUAUUAUGUCUGGCGGAAAAUGGAGCCAAUCAUUUCACCAGUGGAUAAGAAAUAUGGCAGAGGCAUUAAUAUCAAAUUUGAAAACCCAUCCCAACACUCUAGAAUAUCUUCCAAUAUUUUGCAGUUAGAAAACUUUGGUCAGCUCCCAGUACAAUAGCAGUGGAGAAAGAUGCUUUGCAACUUUGAAGCCAUUGAAGAGCUAUUCAAGCAACAGCAUAGAAGAGGAAUGACUCCAUAGUCUUAUGUUGACGACUUAUUUCAUUUCCGAAUAUUUCACAAAUAAUCUUUAUUUAUAGAUGAAAUUUAAUUUAUUACUAUGUACCUGAAUUUUAUUAAAGUUUACAGAGGGUUAUUUUUAA